CUCCGGGCUCGGGACCAUGGCGCUGCGCGCCCGGGCACUCUACGACUUCAGGUCGGAGAACCCCGGCGAGAUUUCUCUGCGGGAGCACGAGGUGUUGAGCCUGUGCAGCGAGCAGGACAUCGAGGGCUGGCUCGAAGGGAUCAACAGCCGCGGCGAUCGCGGCCUCUUCCCGGCCUCGUACGUGCAGGUGAUCCGCACGCCCGAGCCCGGCCCUCCGGCCGACGGCGGCCCCGGAGUCCCGGCCCGCUACGCCAACGUGCCGCCCGGUGGCUUCGAGCCUCUGCCCGCCGCUCCGCCCGCCGCCUUCCAGCCGCUGCUGCAGCCGCAGGCGCCGCCGAGUUCCUUCCAGCCGUCGGGCGCCGGCUUCCCGUACGGCGGGGGCGCCCUGCAGCCGUCGCCGCAGCAGCUGUACGGCGGCUACCAGGCCAGCCAGGGCAGCGACGAUGACUGGGACGACGAGUGGGACGAUAGCUCCACGGUGGCCGACGAGCCGGGCGCGCUGGGCAGCGGCGCCUACCCCGACCUCGACGGCUCGUCCUCGGCUGGCGGCGGCGGCGGCGGCGCGCCUGGUCGCUACCGCCUGUCCACACGCUCCGAUCUGUCGCUGGGCUCACGGGGUGGCUCGGCGCCGCCGCCGCAUCAAGCGUCCGGAGCCAAGAGCUCGGCCACGGUGAGCCGCAACCUCAAUCGCUUCUCCACCUUCGUCAAGUCGGGCGGGGAGGCCUUCGUGCUGGGCGAGGCGUCGGGCUUCGUGAAGGACGGGGACAAGCUGUGCGUGGUGCUGGGGCCCUACGGCCCCGAGUGGCAGGAGAACCCCUACCCUUUCCAGUGCACCAUCGACGACCCCACCAAGCAGACCAAGUUCAAGGGCAUGAAGAGCUACAUCUCUUACAAGCUGGUGCCCACGCACACCCAGGUGCCCGUGCACAGGCGCUAUAAGCAUUUCGACUGGCUGUACGCGCGCCUGGCCGAGAAGUUCCCCGUCAUCUCGGUGCCCCACCUGCCUGAGAAGCAGGCAACCGGGCGCUUCGAGGAGGACUUCAUCUCCAAGCGCAGGAAGGGCCUGAUCUGGUGGAUGAAUCACAUGGCCAGCCACCCAGUGCUGGCGCAGUGCGACGUCUUCCAGCAUUUCCUGACCUGCCCCAGCAGCACGGACGAGAAGGCCUGGAAACAGGGUAAGCGAAAGGCUGAGAAGGAUGAGAUGGUGGGCGCUAACUUCUUCCUCACUCUGAGCACACCCCCUGCCGCCGCCCUGGACCUGCAGGAGGUGGAGAGCAAGAUCGAUGGCUUCAAGUGCUUCACCAAGAAGAUGGACGACAGCGCGCUGCAGCUCAACCACACUGCCAACGAGUUUGCGCGCAAGCAGGUGACCGGCUUCAAGAAGGAGUAUCAGAAGGUGGGCCAGUCCUUCCGAGGCCUCAGCCAAGCCUUUGAGCUGGAUCAGCAGGCCUUCUCGGUGGGUCUGAACCAGGCCAUCGCCUUCACCGGAGAUGCCUACGACGCCAUAGGCGAACUCUUCGCCGAGCAGCCCAGGCAGGACCUGGACCCAGUCAUGGACCUGUUAGCACUGUAUCAGGGGCACCUGGCCAACUUCCCAGACAUCAUCCAUGUGCAGAAAGGAGCUCUUACCAAAGUGAAGGAGAGUAGGCGACAUGUGGAAGAAGGCAAGAUGGAAGUCCAGAAAGCUGACGGCAUCCAAGACCGCUGUAACACCAUUUCUUUCGCCACGUUGGCCGAGAUUCAUCACUUCCAUCAGAUUCGAGUGAGAGACUUUAAAUCACAGAUGCAGCAUUUUUUACAACAACAAAUAAUAUUUUUCCAAAAAGUGACCCAGAAGUUGGAAGAAGCUCUUCACAAAUACGACAGCGUCUAGAGGCUGGACACAGGACUUUGCCCUUGUUUCCAGUCCAAGGAUAGUUUCUGCAGCGGAAUCAGAAGAGCUGUUGCCAACUCUAGGUGGUGGUACAAGGAUGGAUUUGUGUUCCACUGAACCCCAGCUGGAUAUAUAAUUAUGUAGGAAAGAAACAGUUAAUAUGGCUAUGUAGCAGAAACAGUACCACACUUUGUAACUAAAUUAUACUAUGUAUGCCUACACUACCAUUGUAACUUUUGGAUAAUGAUUAUACUAUUUGCCUUAUUGCUUUCUGAAGUAUGGGUAUAUCAGUGUAUACUUUGUAGACCUCAAAACCCAUGAAGAGUCUCAAAGAAGCUGGCUGGAUAAAAGCCUGCUGUGGAUGCCUUUUCAUUCUCAUAGAUCGAGAUUACCUAAAUUCAACCUAUUCUCUGUUUACAGACUCCAACUAGAGCAGCUAUGCGACUUUGUGCCUUUAGACUGGUUGUUUUCAUUUCUGUCCCACCCCUGUUGAAGCCCCCACCUUUCUGAUGGAGAGUGACAGGCCGGCGCGUUGGUGACAAACUGUUGAAAACCUCCUGUUUCUUGGGGCGGGCGGGCAGGCGGGCAGAAGACUCCGUGGCCAUCACAGGAAGCAUCGUCCGGUAAGACGCCGGCAGCCACAGAGGAGAGAGACGCGAUGCCGUCUGUGGAUGUGAAGUCUCAUGGGGAGAGAGGCGGUGUCCCAUGGCCUCUCACGCCUGUCGUAGCAUGGCCUCCCAACUCAAGGGUCCCGCACACUGGGCACGCCGAUUUCAGCAGAUGCCCUGAGCACAUGGGGAAGGAGGAAUCCGAUCAGUUGGAGAUAAAGUAUAGAAACAGUGACAGACAGCACACCCGCUCUUAGUUCUUGGGAGGGCUUCCUUCUGUCUUUUCUUUUCUUUUUUUUUAGCUUGACCUUUUCUUUUAAUGUUCAGCUUUUUGUUUUGUUUUUAAAUGGAUCUACACUGUUAACUGAAUGAGACUCCACUGUGAUUCACUCGUUUACUUAAUCAAAAAAUUUCAGGGAUGUCUGUAAAUUUCAGUGUUCUACGAGAUGAGAUGUGUUGGUUGAUUUAAGGAGGGACCAGAAAUAAUUUCUCCUAUUCCAGUACUGAAGAAAAAAAAAUACUGAUUUAUACUGUGUUUUUAAAAACUAAAUAUUGAUAAAGCCCCCCUCAGAACAUUUAACAUUAAAAAUUAUUUUAAAUAUAGUCUUUUAUUAUUAUAAGGGAACUACAAAUGACUGAUAAAUACCAAAAAAAAAAAAAAAAAUUCAAAAGCAGCUUUGUUUAAAAAGCACAAAGAGAUUCUGGCUUGAAGUGCCCAAAUCUCAAUGUAUUUUGUAGUUGCUGAGCUAAAUAAUGUGAUUCUUGAGUUUACAGAUGUAAAAGCUGUCACUGAAGGUUGAAGCACCCAUAUCUACUGUCCCUGUGAACUACACUUAACGCUACCCCAGAAUCCCUGGUACUGAAAUGUCAACAUGGGGUACAGAGGCCAAUCUCCAAGGGGUGAGCCGUUGACAUGAAAGGGUCAGCUUGCAGAAAGGUCAAGAAAGGAAAGGCUACUGGGAUAAUUACUCAACAGCACAUUUAUUCUCUAUGAAGUAAUCACAUAUGGUUUGAGUUAUUAAGAACAGAUUAUGAUAAUUUUUUUUUUUUUUUUUUUUUUUUUUUGGUUUCGAGACAGGGUUUCUCUGAGCAUUGCGCCUGGCCUCGAACUCACAGAGAUCCGCCUGGCUCUGCCUCCCGAGUGCUGGGAUUAAAGGCGUGCGCCACCACCGCCCGGCCAGAUUAUGAUAAUUUUGAUCUCUGGUCAAAUUCUUACACUUCAGAACUUAGAGCCGGACAUCACAUGGUGUUGUCUUUACCACAGGCGUGUGGGGCCGUCACCAGAAGCCGUGUUCUUUUAAAAAACAACUUCCUCUUGUUGAUUGCAAAGUACAGUUAGAUAAAGAAAGCCCAUAUGUAUUUAAAAAUUAAUUUUAUUGCAGAAGUUUGGAGGUUAUAACGAUAGCAUUUAAUUUAAGUUUGAGUUGGUACUGGACAAGUAAGUUCUCUGCUUCUCACAUGAUUUGAAAGUCACAUUUAUUUCCCUUUCUGUUUUGAUGGUGGUUUGAUUUUUUUUUUUUAAGUAAAUUACUAAACUUGUGCAAUAGUAGCAAGGAAAUUACCUGAGGUGUCUUGUGUGGUUGUGCUUUAGUCAGGGUGGACAUAGCUUAAAUGACAAAAACUAAAGCUUAAAGUAAAGGAAGUAUAAGUUCAUGCUGCCUCCUUCUGAGAGAACGUUUGUGUCCUAACCACAUAGCAUAAUGCCACUGACUCAUGGGACUUUAAAUGGUUUCUGUGGGGUAAAGCACAGGAGUUAUUAGUGUCCAUAUUCAUCCAAGAUUCUUAUUCUUUAACGUUCUUGGUUCUAUUGAAACAUUUCAGUAUCUAAAAAUACUGCGAUGUUAAUACCCAAGAGAAAAGCCAUUAUGUGUAUGCUGGUCGUCAUGAUCAGUGUGGUACCUUUUUUGUUGUUGUUGUUUUGUUUUGUUUGUUGUUUUUGUUUUUUAAAUAAACUAUCAUGCCCUUCGA